AUGCCUCCAAAGCGUAGGCGCGUCGAUGCCGAGAGAGACGUCGAGGCUCGAUCGGCAACGACAAAGCGGCCCCGCUUAAGUGCAUCCCGCGACUUCGUAUCGCCACUCUCCGACGAAUUACUCGUCCGCAUCCUCACGUACCUAUCGCUUCCGCAGCUCCUCGAGGUUGCGCCGGUCUCGCGACGAUUUCACAGACUAUCGGAAGACUCACAAGUAUGGAAGCGACUGUACUACUCGAGAUUCGUCCUCCCCCGCGCGAUGCGCAUCCCUGGGUUCCGCGACGGCUCAGCGCGUGAAGGAAAGCUACAUUACACGUCGCGGAAAGCCGUCUGGGCUGAUGGCAGGAGAGGCGGGUGGGUGGAUAUGCGGAGUGAAGAAGAUAAGGCAUCCCGCGACUGGAAACGGCAAUAUAAGCUCAGACAUAACUGGUCCAAGGGCAAAUGUGCUGUGGAAGAGCUGAGAGUCGGCGACGUCAUACCUUCCACUGGGAUGGAAGCACCUCGGAAAAUGCUUGUGAAGGUGUGCGAAGGCAUCGCCGUGACAGCAGAUGUGGCUUCGGGGCUACGCGCUUGGGAUCUCAAGACGAAACAGCUGGUGGCGCACAUUAGUCUAUCUGAUCCAGACUCGGGGGGUUUACCGAGUUGUCUUGCUCUUGAUGAUCAAGACAUCCGAAAUAACGCAGUGGGCAUUGCAGUCGGGUUCAAUGAUGGGAGCUUCGGUGUGUGGAAACUCGACCUUGAAGAUCAUCGGUUGGUCAGAAGAUAUCGGCAUGAGAAGUCGACGAACGGCGGUCUAGCCGGGGCGGCAUUCUCAUACCCUUACUUACUGACAGCGACCGAGUCCGUUCUGAUCUCUCUAUACACCUUCGACCGACCUAUUUCGACCCCACAAGAAGGCAAAGAAUCUGAGUCGGAUAGCGAAACCGAGAGGGGUUCCGAUAGUGAAACUGCUCCCGAGUCUGAUCACCAUGCUGAGGACCACAUGGGCCCAUUACGCAAGCCGCUGGGCAGACCAAAACAAGGCCAGCCUUUUCCUACCGGAACAAGCCUCCCUGCUCCAUAUCUUCUAACUUCUCUGAAAUCUCACACGUCACGAGCGCCUUUGGCUCUGUCAAUCCGCAAGUCGGCUGGUCGCACAAUAGCCUCCAUUGCAUAUACGUUCUCGACUCUACAAGGAUGGUCGCUGGGCAUCCAGGACUUGCAUCUAAAGGCUGGAUACUCUAAGUCGAAUGAAAUGCCAGACAUCACCACGACCAGGCUGGCAUAUACUCUGCCGGUUAGGGGUGCAGGUCAAACACCGUCACCACCCACUUCCCCGGCGCGGCCGCGUACGGGACUACGCAGGCUGGAAUCUGGCGUAGAUGAAGACGGCCCUAUCAGCAUAUGUUACACACACCCGUACCUCCUCGCAACCCUACCAGAUAAUACCCUAAUUCUUUACUUGUGCACCUCAAAUGCGUCGUCCUUGUCGAUAUCACCCGGCAUCCGACUCUGGGGUCACACAUCGGGUAUAAGUGAUGCCGAGAUCACUGCGCGCGGCAAGGCAGUUAGUGUGAGCUGUCGAGGCGAGGAGAUCAGAGUGUGGGAACUGGAGGGCCGGGCUGACGGGCGAAGUAUCGAAGUGCGCCCGACUGCCACAAAUGGUGCGGGACAGGAUACGGAAGAGGAGCUUACAAUUGCCGCCUUCGACGAGCGACGAAACUGGGUUGGAUUUGACGAUGAGAUGGUCAUUGUGCUGAAAGAAUCUAAGGGGACAGAAAGUCUCAUGGUGUACGAUUUCACGUGA